AUGACAGAUCCAACCAUCUCGACCACCAUUGCCUCAGCAAUCCAGUCCAACAAAUCCGAAAUCGCCCUCGUCAACACCCACAUCCACUCCAACCCCGAACUCGCCUACCUCGAAUUCACCGCCCACUCCACCCUCGUGCACUCCCUCCGCCGCCUCGGAGGCUUCACCGUCACCUCCCCCGCCUACGGCCUGCCCACCUCUUUCGAGGCCGAAUACGGCUCCGGCGGCCGCCUGAUCAUCUUCAACGCCGAGUACGACGCCCUCCCCGAGAUCGGCCACGCCUGCGGCCACAACCUGAUCGCCUCGGCCUCUUUCGCCGCCUUUUUGGGGGUAGCCGCCGCCCUUAAGCAGUCCGGCCUACCCGGGCGAGUGCGACUCCUGGGAACCCCAGCCGAAGAAGGCGGCGGGGGUAAACUCAAGUUGAUCGAAGCCGGCGCUUACAAGGACUGCGAUGCAUGCCUGAUGGUGCACCCCGGUCCGCAAUCCAAACUACCCCCGGGAAUCACAGCAGUGAGCUACGUGCGCAUGUUAGCCAACGUCAAGUACCGCGGCUACUUCACCGGGCGCGAGGCGCACGCUUCCAUCGCGCCGUGGCACGGCGUCAACGCCCUCGACGCCGUUUGUUUAAGUUAUAACGCCAUCAGCAUGCUGCGGCAGCAGAUCCGCCCUGAAGAGCGCAUCCACGGUGUGUUUAGGGAGGCCGGGACGCGGCCGAACAUCACGCCGGCCGAUUGCUGCGUGGAGUAUUAUGUGCGGUCUACGACGCGACGGGGGGCCGAAGAACUCGGCAAGCGAGUAUUGAAAUGCUUUGAGGGCGCCGCGCUGGCGACGGGGUGUGCAUGGAGGAAGGAGGACCUGCCGGCUUACUUUGAUGUCAGGCCGAGUCGGAAGCUGUGCGAGGCGUGGAUGGAGGCGAUGCAUUCGCCGGAGGGGACGGUGGCGUGGGAGGAUCCCAAGGAUUUCUUCCAGGGGAGCACGGAUAUGGGGAAUGUGUGCUAUCAGUGUCCGGGCUUUCAUGGCGUGUUUGGGAUCGAGACGGAGGAGGGGGCGGCGAAUCAUACGAAGGGGUUCACGAAAGGGGCUGGGACAGAGGAUGCGUUUGAGAGGGCGUUGGAGUGUGGACGGGCGAUGGCGGAGGUUGGGUGGAGGGUUUUGGCGGAUGAGGAGUUUGCGGCGGAGGUGAGGAGGGAGUGGGAGGUGGAUAUGAAGGCUGCGGAGGAGGGGAAUUAG